AUGGUCCUGCGCUUCAUGUGGGAUGCGACCACUGAUUCUGAAGUUUGUCCAUUGUUGGAGUCUUCUGAAAUGAAACAAGAAUCGAAGAGCAAAGAUGAAGCAGAAACAAAUAAAGGUGAAGGAACAGCAUCGGCUGCUCGUGACACCAGGGUUAUAAGUAUCAGUUCUGAUGACAAUGAAUCUCUGGAUGGAAAAGUGGGAUCUCAUGUGAUGGAUGUGGUGACUUCUGCUGACUCGGAGAACUCUGGUUCGACGGUGGUAACCACUGAGCCUCCCAAGUCGUCGCCAACCCAGACGACGGAGGCGGUGAAGCCCUCUGCAGACCUACUGUCGGGCACUCCGUGGACUACUUACUCAGUGCCAACAGGUGGAGUUCAAUCGGCAGCACCACAGGUGCUAGACAGAGUGCCGAUUGCUGGAGCUAUGCACGGCUCAGUACUGUCUCCCUACCUGCCACUUGAUCUCUCACGGAGUGGCACCAGACAGCAGCCACCAUUAAAGCCAUCUGGUGUUCCGCCGCGGCUACAGCUGCCUCCACCUCCUCCUUCAUCGCAUUAUACCGCCCGAAGGCCUAUGCUACAGUCGGGAAUUCCUUCUUUACCUACUCCGCAAUUUGUUACACCCAUACCACCACCACCACCACCACCACCACCACCACCACCACCACCACCACGUUUCCCAGAAAGGCCACUCCUAUUACCACGAACUGUCGUAGCACCUCAAACUCCAAAACGUAGGCAUCGACCUAUCCGUCCUUCGACAGGGUCUGCGGUCACGCUACAGAUUUCUGCAGCUAACGUCGCUCGAACACCACUAUAUGGUAUGGUAACACAACCUUUCGAUCCGCGUCAAAGUGUAAUAGUAAUGGUGCCGAGAACAGCUGCCGCCACCAUAAAGUGUAACAACCAGACUGAAGUGCCACCAACAUCUAUUCCCACCGUUUCAGUAGAUACUCUGUCUGCGUCAUCAGCACCAGAUCCUACCGUUGCUGACGGCGGCAUUGACCCAGGAGCUCAGCAGUAG